CGUGUCUCUUUCAAGCGGGCAUUUGUUCUCAUUGGGUUAUUAGGUAACUGAGGAGGUGAUUUGGCUCGUGUAUUAUUUGAGCGAAUCUUUCGCAAAGAUAUCCCGUGAGACUCCAGCUCGUGCUUCCCCGCCGGUGUACGGUGAGUGUCAUAACUGUGCAGUGUGGCAGGAGUGCGAGCAGCUUUAAAGAAUCACAUCACACAUAAAGCCAAGGGCUGAAAUCUUCCCAUCACGUCGUACUGCGUGACGUCAUUAAAAGCGCCGGAACUGCAGUCGGCGUGAUCCUCGUCGAGAUUUUCAGUUGUGGAAGUUGUGGACAACAAACUGGAAUCUGUGAACGGGACUGUAAAAACCUGACGUUGAGUGAGUCGGCUUUAAAACGUAUAAUAACAUCCCAUACAGGCAGAAGCCUACCAUGUAUUCUAGCUGUGGAGCGUGGAGUUUGGAACAACCAGAUCACCUAAUCUGCAGAUGCACCGCCGAUGGGACAAGUACCUAAGACUCUCCUGUACUGUACAAGCAAGCUUUGCUUCCCAGUGAAACUCCUAGGGCACUGCAGAAUUCUCGUACUUUUUUACAAGGAAGAGGCAGCUGCCAUUUACUGUAACCUCUAAAUGGAUAUAAAACAGGAGAUAUGUGAGACUGACAUCAAUACCAUGGAGAUCCUGACUGUAAGCAUUAAAGAUGAGGACUGUCAAUGGGAGUCUGUCCACCCAAAACAGAACAGUCUCUGCAUUAAUAACGAUUAUGAAGUGGUGACUGUGGGUAUUAAAGAAGAGGCGGAGGAGAGCUCUGUCAAUACCGAAACUAGCAAAUGUAAAAUUAUAGAAAGCGUCGAGGAAGAUGAACUUCGGUCAUCGUCGACUCUUCAUUAUUACUCUCGAGAUGAAGCAGUGACCGGGAUAGUGUCUUCUCAAAAUGUAUGUCCUUCAUCUCUGAAGCCACCUAUCACAGGAAGUCCUGAAUCAUUACAUUCUGACACCAAGAGGACGGAGGAAAUUUCAUCGACUAGAACUCGGGACAGUGAAGCAUCGCCUUCAAAGCAGUCUGGAGAAAGAGAGAAACCUCACUGCUGUCCUGAGUGUGGCAAACGAUUCACACAGAUGGUCUCCCUUAAAACCCACAUAAGAAUUCACACCGGAGAGAGGCCGUAUUCUUGUCCUGAAUGUGGAAAACGAUUCUCAGACAGGAGUCAUUUUCGGAGACACAGAAAAAUUCACACUAAAGAAAAACUAACACCAAGAGAAAAACCUUACUGCUGUUCAGAAUGUGGCAAGCGAUUUUGUAAUUUAAGAGAUCUUCGUUGUCAUACAAGAAUUCACACCGGGGAGAAGCCAUAUUGCUGUUUGGACUGUGGCAAACGGUUCUCACAGAUGGUUACCCUUAAGACCCACAUUAGAAUUCAUACCGGAGAGAAACCAUAUUCUUGUUCUGAAUGUGGAAAACAAUUUUCUGACAGGAGCCAUUUUAAGAGACACAAAAAAAUUCACACUGGAGAAAAGUUAACCCCGAAAGAGAAACCUUACUGUUGUUUGGAGUGUGGCGAACAGUUUUUGCUAAUGAGUCAUUUUAAGAAACACACCAGAGCUCAUACAGGGAAGAAACCCUUCUGCUGUUCUGAAUGUGGCAAAGAAUUCUGUGACAGUAGUACUCUUCGAAGACACUGUAGAAUUCACAAUGAAGAAAAGCCUUAUUGUUGUUCGGAAUGUGGAAAACGAUACUCGCGAAUCACCUACCUUCAGAUACACACAAGGAUUCACACUGGAGAGAAACCUUAUAGUUGUCCAGAAUGUGGCAAACAAUUUAUACAACUAAGAAGUCUUAAGAGUCAUGCAAGAAUUCACACAGGAGAGAAGCCAUAUUGCUGUAAUGAAUGUGGCAAACUGUUUGCACAGCUAACGUAUCUUCAGAGUCACACAAGAAUUCAUACUGGGGAGAAGCCGUAUUGCUGUAAUGAAUGUGGCAAGCAGUUCUCACAACUGAGCAGUCUUCACAUCCACAGACAGAGCCACAGUGGAGAGAAGCCAUUCUGUUGUAACGAAUGUGGCAAACAAUUCUCUUACAGGAGCAGUCUUCGUAACCAUUCGAAAAUUCAUUUAUUGGAGAAACCACAUUGCUGCUCUACAUGUGGUAAGCGGUUUUCCCAAAUUGCCACUCUUCAGACCCACAUGAGAAUUCACACUGGAGAGAAGCCGUACUCCUGUUCUGAAUGUGGGAAACGAUUUUCUGACAGCAGUCGUUUUCGGAGACACAAAAGAACUCACACUGGGGAGAAACAUUACUGCUGUUCAGAAUGUGGCAAACAGUUCACACAAAGGGCCACUCUUAAGACCCACUUAAGAAUUCACACUGGCGAGAAGCCGUAUUCCUGUUCUGAAUGUGGCAAACUGUUCUCUGACAGCAGAAAUCUUCAGUGUCACACAAGAAUUCACACUGGAGAGAAGCCGUAUUGCUGUUUGGACUGUGGUAAACGGUUCUCAAAGAUGGUGACCCUUAAGACCCACAUAAGGAUUCACACUGGAGAGAAGCCAUAUUCUUGUUCAGAUUGUGGAAAGCGAUUCUCAGACCGGAGCCAUUUUCAGAGACACAGAAAAAUUCACACGGGAGAGAAAUUAACCCCGAAAGAGAAACGUUUCUGUUGUUCAGAAUGUGGUAAACAGUUUUUAUUAAUGAGCCAUUUUCAGUACCACAUAAGAGUUCAUACAGGAGAGAAACCCUACUGCUGUUCUGAAUGUGGCAAACCAUUCCGUGACCGAAGUACUCUUCGAAGACACUCUAGAAUUCACAAUGGAGAGAAACCUUAUUGUUGUUCAGAAUGUGGCAAACGUUACUCACGAAUUGCCUAUCUUCAGACGCACGCAAGAAUUCACACUGGAGAAAAGCCAUAUAGUUGUCCGGAAUGUGGCAAACAAUUUGUUCAAUUAAGGAGUCUACAAAAGCACACAAGGACUCACACAGGAGAAAGGCCAUAUUGUUGUUCAGAAUGCGGUAAAUUGUUUUCACAACUAAGUCACCUUCAGAGUCACACAAGAAUCCAUACUGGAGAGAAACCAUUUAGCUGUAAUGAAUGUGGCAAGCAAUUUACACAAAUGAGCAGUCUUCAGAUCCACAAGCAAAGUCAUAGUGGAGAGAAGCCAUACAGCUGUAAUGAAUGUGGGAAACAAUUCUCUUAUAAGAGUAGUCUACGAACUCACUUAAAAAUUCAUGUAGUGGAGAAACCACAUUGCUGUUCUACCUGUGGUAAACGGUUUUCCCAAAUGGCCACUCUUCAGACCCACAUAAGAGUUCACACCGGAGAGAAGCCAUAUUCCUGCUCUGAUUGUGGGAAAAGAUUCUCAGACAGUAGCCGUUUUCGGAGACACAAAAGAAUUCACACGGGAGAAAAACGGUACUGCUGUUCUGAAUGUGGCAAGCAGUUUACACAAAGGGCCACUCUUAAGACCCACAUAAGAAUUCACACUGGUGAGAAGCCAUAUUCUUGUUCUGAAUGUGGGAAACAAUUCUCUGACAGCAGCCAUCUUCGGAGACACAAAAGAAUUCACCAUUAAGAUAAGGUCUGAAGUCGUAGGCUAGAGGGUGAAGACGAGGAGGAGUUCAAAGUAACUCUCCUAAUUCCAGAUCUUUACAGGAUAGGCUUUAUUGUGUGAGGUCUCCACUAAAUCGUCUCAUACUGUGAGUCUUCUCUCACAGUGUGAAAAGGAUCCAUCAUACUGGCUAGCUGCAGGAUAGAAAGAUGAGCACACUCUGCCUCUGCACUAUACUUGAUUAUGGUGGUAGUCAGUCAGUUAUUUUCUAACUGGCUUAUUCCUGAAUAAGGUUGUGGGGGUCUGCUAGAGCCUAUCCCAGCCAGCAUAUGGCUCAAAGUGGGAACAAACCCUGGACAGGACACCAGUCCAUUGGAGGGUGAACACAUACAUGCACAUACAUCCACCUCAACCACUCACUAAGGCCAAUAUAGGAUCGCCAAUUCACCUCACCUGUAUGUCUUUGGAAUGUGGUAGGAUACCGGUGUAAACCCACACAGACACAGGGAGAACAUACAGACUCCAUGCUGGGAGGUCCUGGGAUGUAAACCCUGGUCUCCUUACAGAGAGUUGCGCCAAUGCACCACCCCUUAUGGUGUCUGUGAUAGUGCAAAAUCAUCAGGUACAGAACACAAGACAUCUAAUAUGGUGUCCAUCUGGAUGGCCAUUUUUUCUUUUCCCAAAAUAAACAGGGGGGAAAAAAAUCAAGUCCAGAAAAAUUACUAUCUCUCCUUUCUGUUUGGUGACAGACACAUGAUAAAAAUGCCAGACCCAGUAGAUGUGUGAACAUAAAGCAAAAGACCUGGGAGUAUGAGAAGAAAAGGGACACCACAUGAUGCAGCAAAACUGAGUAAAAAAUAGAAACAUUUGUAAGGAAAUUUGGGAAUAAACACUACAUUUCAAAUGACUACAAUCAAGAUGAUUAUCAAUGAGAACUGGAAUAACCUAAGAAGUUACAGAUCUUCAAACAGUACCAUCUUUAAAGUGAAACGUUAUAGCAGAAGGACUGGAGAUAUAGUAGACUGAAAGUUACAAGAAAAAUUUCAAUUCAACAGAAAUAGUCCAGAAAUUUCAUAAGAAGCUCCACCCCAAUGGCUUAAUAAGAGGAAACACCUCGGAAUGUAAAAAUCAACUGAGAGUCACCCUGACACAAAAAGGAAUAAACCACUUGAAGAAAAAGACACCAUAAGAGGACUAAAGGGUCCAGGAAAUUUAAGAGCAGCCACAGGACAUAAUUUGACAGACUGCAGUUUUGUGAAUAUAUUUAUAGAAGAGGAACUGACCAAAAAUAAAAUGAAACCAUACCACACAAAGUACUAUAAAUAAAUCUGAUCAGCUAUACCUGAGAGAAAGCAACACUAACCACAUAUAAUGGACUUGAUUUCAUGGAAAACAGGAUCUGGUAUUGUAUGUCACAA